AUGUCGCGCCCAGAGAAGGAACAGGCCCCCGUGCCGGGCAUGAUCACCUGCCUCGUGACCCCCAAACUCACGUUCAGUGUACCGCGCGACGCGCGCUGGCGCACCGCGGCCGACGUGCCCCAACAGGCCCUCCAGCGCGGCUUCGCGCACCGCUUCCCGCUGCCGCCCGUGAAUCUGGACAAGCUGCGCUUCGAGAGCGUCGGCUCGACCAAAGUAUUAAAUGAUACGGCCGUCUACCGGCUGACGUCAUGUGAAGAGGCCGACGAGAGAAUAUUAGCUUCAUUGUUGAAGGGCUUGGAGGCCGCGGUGGACACGAAGCACCGCGCGUCGCUGGAGAAGGCCCGCACCGACUUAUUGGCUUCCUCCGCAACCUUCCAGGUCAUGGCCGGCGAGGUCAAGGAAAGGCAGGACGAAGCGCGGAGCGCAUUGGACAGGGAGGUCCUGAAGCUCAACGCGAGUCUAGCAACGACGUCGAAACGGCUGUUUCUUCUUGAAAGAGAGAACGCCUCACUGAAGACGCAGACGUCGGCGACGCGCGCUUUGCAAGGCGCGACGGACUCGAGGCUCGAUGCGCUCGAGGCCGAAAAUAGCAACCUCAAGGCGCGCAACGCGUCGCUCGAGGAGGCGCUCGCGGCUUUACUAGAAAGGUGCGACGCGCACGCGGCGCGGCUCGACGCCUGCGAGGCGCGCGCGGUCGCGCCGCCGCCGCCGCCUGCUGACGUCUCCGCUGGAGAAACGCAGACGGAGCUCUUCAUAA